GCUUGUCAUAGGAGUGUGACCUUAGAGAGUGCUAUCGACUGGCACGGAGGUGAAUAUUUUAAUGAAAAGUCUAACAUUUUGAUAUACGAUUGUUCGAUGACCGUAGUUAUUACCACUACACGUAUAAAUGACUUCCUUCCGCUGUAGAUCCGUGCACAGUGUUUCGUUAGCCAAUUGACAUGUACAGCGAGCUAAUACAGGAAAUGCCACUCUAAUGUAUAAGCAGUAAACUAUUUAUUUGGUUAUUUCAGUUGAUGUAAAAAUUUUCAGCCUCUGUUGAUUUCUUCUCAGCUCGCCUUCCCUCUUCAACUAAAAAAUGUCAGUCGGUACAUUAUACACCUAUCCAAACAACCACAGAGCUAUCAGAGCACUCGCUGUAGCUGCUGCUAACGGUUUGACUGUCGAUGUCGCCAAGGAUUUCCAAAUGGGUGUCACCAACAAGACUGAAGAAUUCACUGCUUCUUUCCCAGCUCAACAAGUCCCAGCAUUCAAGUCAGCUGACGGUAAGUUAGCUUUAUCACAAGGUGCUGCCAUCGCCUACUACCUCGCCUCCUUGGAUGACAAGGCUGGUUUGUUAGGCAAGUCACCAGAAGACGCUGCUUUGAUCCAACAAUGGGUUUCAUUCACUGAAACUGACCUCUUCCCUGGCGUUUCCCUCCCAGUCUACAUGAACCUCGGUUACAUCCAAUUCAACAAGGCUGUUGCUGAUGCAUCAAUCCAACGUGCUGAGAAGGCUCUCAAGACCCUCGAGACUGUUCUUAAAACACGUACUUUCCUCGUCGGUGAACGUAUCACUCUCGCUGAUAUCACCGUUGCUUCAGUUCUCCUCUUCGCUUUCCAACAAGUUCUCGACAAGAAGCACAGAGAGACCUUCCCAGCUAGCGUUAGAUUCUUCGAGACCGUUGCUAACAACUACGUCUUGAAGUCUACAUUCGGUGACUACAACUACAUCGACACCUUCAAGCUCAACCCACCAAAGAAGGACGAAAAGAAGACCGAAAAGAAGCAAGAGAAGAAGGCUGACAAGCCAAAGGAAGCCCCAGCUGCUGAAGCCGCUGCUGCUCCAGCUCCAGCUCCAGAAAAGCCAAAGAACCCACUUGAUCUCCUUCCAAAAUCUGCAUUCAACCUCGAAGAGUUCAAGCGUGCUUACUCUAACCUCGACACCCGUGGUGAUGACCCAGCUAAGCACUCACUUGCUUACUUCUACAAGAACUUCGUCCCAGAAGACUACUCUAUCGUUCAAUUCGCAUUCAAGUACCCAGAAGAUCUCUCCAUGGUUUUCAUGUCAAACAACCAAAUUGGUGGUUUCUUCACCCGUAUGGAAGCCUCACGUAAAUACGUUAUGGGUUCUGGUGUUGUCUUACAAAACGCUGAAACUCAAAAGUCAGAAAUCAGAGGUAUCUUCAUCGUCAGAGGCAAGGACUACCUUCCAGUCCUCCAAGUCGCCCCUGACUGGGAAUCAUACUCAUACGAUCUCUGUGACUUAUCAAAGCCAGAAGACAAGGAAUUCUUUGAAGGUAUCCUUGGAUGGGACUACGAACACGAUGGCUACACCGUCCAAGAUGGUAAGAUCCUCAAGUAAGGUGCUACUCGCUUUCAUAAUAUUUUAUAGUCAUAUAUGUGG